AUGAGCAGAAAGAAUCAGAAGGAACACAAAGGUAAAGUAGGAGAAGGAGCAGAAAGGAACAGCAAAGAGGAGGAAGGUAAAGUAGGAGAAGGAGCAGAAAAGGACCGCAAAAAGCUGGAAGGGGCAGCAAGGAGCUGGAAGGAGCAGAAGGAGCAUGAAGAUAAAGUAGGAGAAGGAGCAGAACGGGUCUGCAAGGAGCAGAAAGGGAUCAGAAAGAGAAAGGAGCAGAAGGGCACAAAAGAAGCAGAAAGUAGCAGAAAGGUAAAGGAGCAGAAGAAGCCAAGGAGGAGAGAAGACAGUGUCAGAAAAAUAAGAAGACUGUGUCAAAUGAAGAAGAAGAAAUGGAGAUUGGAGCAAGAAGGACAAGUGAAGUGA